GCCUUUGCUGUUCCACCGCUUUCUUCAAAUAUAACAAUGCGGCUGCCGAGUAUUUUUGGUAUGCGCGUGGAACUACCAGCUGACGAUCCGUUCGGAUAUGAUAAACAUGGUGUCUGUAUAGUGACACCGGACGAACAAUUCAAAGUCGUCAUCUAUGGUAAUCACUUGGAUAAGAUCGCACAACUGAUUUUUACUCCAACAAACAGCUGUUCUGAUGGAAAACACGUCGUGGACGCCACUAAUGACUUCAUCGUUCAUUUUACUCAUAAGGCUACGUUCCAUUUGAUGCUUCCAAUGCUUCCCGAAAGUAUUCAUGCAUACAAAAUGUGUGUAAAACCGAAAGGCGCCUUGCCUGGCAUGGAACUCAGUCCGCUGGACGACAUUUCAACAUGGAUCACCACAGAGAAGCCGCCAAAGGAGUAUUUUUUACCGUUACCUGUUCAGGUAACAGUAAUCGCAUUUCUUCUGUGUCUUUCGGCUUUGUUCUCUGGCUUGACCUUGGGAUUGAUGUCGUUGACUCCUCAAGAAUUGGAACUCGUUAUGAAAGCUGGUUCACCUAGCGAACAGAAAUACGCUGCAGUUAUCCUUCCCAUCAGGAGAAAAGGUAACCUGCUGCUAUGCUCUCUUCUGCUCGGUAAUGUCAUCGUGAAUGCUGCAAUUUCGAUUUUAUUCGGUGAGCUGACUACUGGACUUCUGGCCCUAUUCAUCUCGUCGCUUGGUAUUGUUAUCUUCGGCGAGAUCGUACCACAAAGUAUAUGCGUCAAAAAAGGUCUUGCUGUUGGAGCUCAUACAAUAUUGAUAACGCAGGUAUUCAUAUUCAUAACGUAUCCAGUAGCUUGGCCGGUCAGCAAACUACUGGACUGUCUUCUUGGCGACGAAUAUCAAGCCUACGAUCGAAAACGACUUAUGGAAUUGAUACGUAUGUCAAUCAAAAACGACAAUGGUCAACUGUCAAACGAACUUAAAAUCGCCGUCGGCGCUAUGGAAAUAGCUGAUAAGGUGGCCGAGGACGUCAUGACUAAGCUAGCUGACGUAUUCAUGAUACCCGAUACAACUGUACUGAACACCAAGACAGUGGCGGAAAUCGUUCGGAUGGGUUACACACGGAUUCCAAUCUAUUCUGAGGGUGAUAAGAACAAUGUCACCGAUAUUUUGUUCGUCAAGGAUCUGGCCCUUCUGGAUCCAGACGAUAACUUCACAGUCAAGACAGUCUGUGGCUAUCAUCGUCAUCCGGUCAAAUUCGUCUUCAACGAUACUCCUCUGAGCGUUCUUUUGGAGGCUUUCAAGAAGACCGGCUAUUUCAAGGGCGAAGGACAUUUGGCAAUGGUGAAGAAGCUCGUCGGCGCCGAAGAUCACGAUCCAUCGUAUGAGCUGGUGGGCGUGGUCACUCUGGAAGACAUCGUUGAAGAAAUAUUACAGGCAGAAAUAAAUGACGAGUUUGAUGUGGUCUCGGACAAUGUGAACAAGAUCAAGCGAAAAAAUCUUCAGGCAGAAAUAAAUGACGAGUUUGAUGUGGUCUCGGACAAUGUGAACAAGAUCAAGCGAAAAAAUCUUCAGCAACGCGACAUGUCCAAAAUGUUCGAUAAGGAAGCACCACAGAUACAAAUUUCACUUCAAAUUCAAAUGGUUGCAUUACAAUGGUUGGUUGCCAAUGAAGAAGCAUUCUCACCGACCUACGUCGACAAAAACGUUUUGGAGCGGCUUAUUCGUAACAGCGCCAGAAGGGUGGACAUUUCUGCUUUGAUGGCAAUGUCCCACAGUGCAGUAAACGUACCAAAAGUCGCAAAACUCUACACCAAAGAUGAGAUGAGCGAUCGAUUCGUGUUGAUUCUGGAAGGGCGUGUACAAGUAACAAUCGGACAGAGCGGUAUGAUGUUUGAAGCCGGGCCAUGGCAUUCGUUUGGCAGUGAGAUUCUGAAGAAACUCGUCCAAGGUGCUGCUACCCUCAGUCGUAGCACGUCGAUUGUUGAUACAACCGAUUUGUCCUGCCGACGUCCUGAUCUGAUGUUUAAACCGGAUUAUUCGGUUGUUGUCAAGGAGGACUGUACAUACUUGGAUGUAAGCGUCGCCGCCUAUAUCAACGCCUAUAAAUCGUCACUAAUGCAGCGGGAGAAAGGGUGA